GUAUUAGUGAACGGCCAGCCAAGCAGCAGAAGUGCGUCACUGGUCGGGGCCUAGAGCCGCGCAUCCGUCCCUCCAUUCCGGUUUGUCUCUUCUACUCGCGCCCUCAUCGAUUAAGCCCCUCCCCCCCCUUUACCACCACCACUACCAGCAUCAUCUAAAAAGGAGUCACGAUGUCCCAGUACGACGCACACUCCGUUUCCAGGGCCUCGAGCCUGAGCCGCAAGUCGACUGUGGCCAGCAGGAACGCCUCGCUGAUCAAGAAGAACACGGGCCCCCACGAGCUGAGACCCUCGGACAUUCUCAUUGAGCGCUUCACUGGAUGGAAGCACAUCACCAAGCAGCUCAUCAGCUACUUUGAGGGCAUCGCAGACAUCGAGUACAACACCGCAAAGGAGCUCACCAAGCUCGGCGGUGUGAUCCAGGUGCCCUUCCGCGAGGGAAACCAGUUCCUCGGCGAAGACGGCAUCCAGGACGUGUACUACGGCAUCCGCGACAAGACGCGCAUCAUUGCCGAUCACCACGCCAACCUGGCAAAGACGGUCGAGGGAUCCAUCGUCCAGCACCUCCAGAAGCUGCGCUCGGAGAUCAAGGCUCACGUCAAGAAUGUGCAGCAGGACACGGGCAAGCUGGCCAACAGCGUGGCCAAGGAGCGCGAGAUGUCGACCAAGAUGAUCUCGGACCUCGCUCGCUCUAUCACCCUGCUCAAGAACACGCCCAUGAGCGUCACGGCAAAGGAGGACCCAUACUCGGCCAACAUGAACGUCUUCCGCCAGCUCCAGCGCCAGGUCAAUGAGGAGAAUGCGCUGCAGAAGAGCAUCAUCAUCAUGCAGCAGAACAGCGCCCACUUUGAGGAGGGCAUCGUCCGCUCCAUCCAGAGCGCCUGGCAGACGUUUGACGAGUGGUCUGGCCGCAUGUCGGCCCAGGUCCAGGACACCUGGCUGAGCCUGGGUGUGCAGAUGCGCAGCCUCCAGCCCAACUCUGAGUGGAUCGCCUUUGCUGCUCGCUCCGACCACCUCCUGGACCCUGACACGCCGCUGCGCAACCCAGAGACGAUCGACUACCCCGGCAAGGAGGACCCUUCGGUCAUUCCCGUCCACCAGGGUAUCCUCGAGCGCAAGAAGCGCUUCACCAAGACCUACAAGGAGUCUUUCUACGUCCUCACCCCCUCGGGCUACCUCCACGAGCACGGCUCCUCGGACCCCACCAAGCACCCAUCGCCGGAGCUCUCGCUCUUCCUGCCUGAGUGCACCCUUGGCGCUCCCUCGACGUCUGCCUCCAAGUCGCACAAGUUCCACAUUUCCGCAAAGUCGUCCAACGUCAAGGGCCUGCCGGGCCUGGGCAAGAGCGACCACGCCUACACCUUCCGUGCCCGCAGCCACGACGAGCUGAUGGAGUGGUGGAACGACAUCAAGCAGCUCUCGCGCGUCUACCUCACCAGCUCCGAGCAGAUGGACAGGACCGGGCCGGUCCCUGCCGCCGUCCGCGCCGCGGGCUACCGCAGCGAAGACGAAGAAGAGGAAGAGGAGGAGGACGGAUCGUCGGUCGAGGAGGACGGUGACGAGUACGAAGAAGCCGAGACCGAGCAAGAGGCCGCCGCCGCUCACCACCAGGCAACCGCCGCCCCAGCCCUCUCCACCGGCCUGGCCCCCGCCGCUGGCGAGGAGGAGAUCCCAGCCUACUCUGGCGCUGGCAAGGCUUCUGGCGUUGAGAUUGGCGCCAAUGGCUACGCCGUCGAGAAGAAGGGCGAGUCUGCAGUCCCCACCGCCGGCGAGCCCUCGCAGGACGCCUCCAAGGGCAAGGCUGCCGAGGGCGCAGCGGCCACUGAGCCUGCAGCUUAAGUCGAAUUGUGCUUAGAGUAAUGGAUCCAAACCUCCAAUACCCAAGUCGAUCUUCGUUGCCUUGUUCGAUCGCCUUCUUUCGUCGCUUGCCCUUGUCGUCUCCCUUGAUUCACGAUAAUUGCC